CAAAACAAAUUCGUUUAACCGGGAUUCCGUUUUGCCACUUAGUGUUUAAAAAUAAGAUUUAAACUGCUUUCAAAGAUUAUAAACCGACAUGACCGAUUCUGCAGUUGGAAAACUAGAGGAAGAAGCUCUCAAAAGGAAGGAACGACUUAAAAAUCUCAAACGCAAACAGGAAUCCGCCACUGAUGGAUCACUAUCCGAAAAGACGCCGGAAGCUGUGCCGAAGCCAAUGUUCCGCAACUACCGUCCAGAGAGUGAUGACAUCAAAGACGCAGCGCUUGAUGAGGCCCAUCCAGUCGAUGUGGAAUCGGAAGUUGAAACUCAGCUAGAGCUGAUGAAAACACCGAUCGUGAUCGAAGAAAUCGACAUUGCGAAUCUGGCUCCGCGCAAACCCGAUUGGGACCUGAAGCGAGAUGUUUCGAAAAAGCUGGAAAAGCUAGAACGGCGUACCCAGAAAGCUAUUGCCGAGUUGAUCCGAGAUCGACUGAAAGCCGGCCAGGACGAUAUUCUGCAGGUGGUAAAUGUUGCUUCUGCCACUGCCAGGCACGAGAACACUGAAGCUGACGAAGACUAACGAAUGUGAGAUUGAUGCGUAUUAGAUUUAACAAAAAGGGUUUAUUCGUGGUAAUUAAGAUUAUACAACAUUUACAAUUACUUAGAACAA